AUGCUCUUGCACAAAACACACGCCCUGCGCAGCCCCGGGUACCGGAUAUGCCAAGCCUCCCUUUCCACGACAGCUAGACGCACCAACUACGAUGCUACAAUCCAGAACCUCAAGAUUGGCUCUCACACCCGCGUCAUCUUCCAGGGAUUCACCGGGAAACAGGCUACUGCCAAUGCAAAAGAGUCGAUAGAAUGGGGGACAAACGUAGUCGGCGGCGUCAAGCCCAAUGGCUCUGGCGAGCAUCUGGGGCUGCCUGUUCUGCCCUCUGUGAGAGCAGCAAUGGAGCAGCUGAAGCCUGAUGCAACGGGCAUCUACGUUGCAGCCCACCAGGCUACUGCUGCGAUUGAAGAAGCAAUCGAAGCAGAGGUACCGCUUAUCGUCGCAGUGGCUGAGCACAUACCAUUGCAUGAUGUUAUGAGAUCAAAAUCACGCCUUGUAGGUGCCAAUGCCCCAGGAAUCAUCUCGGCUGUUGGGAAAUGUAGGAUUGGCUUCCAGCCACUACCAACAUUUUCACCUGGUCACAUUGGUGUCGUGGCAAAAUCUGGCACCCUCUCCUAUGAGACGGUAGCAUCCUUGACAAGAGCCGGGCUCGGACAGAGUCUAUGCAUUGCAGUCGGUGGAGAUGUGAUUGCAGGAACAAACUUUGUAGAUGCUCUCAAAGUCUUUGAGCAUGAUCAGGAUACCGAGGCUAUCAUUAUCGUAGGCGAACUUGGUGGUACAACCGAAGAAGAGGCGGCGGAUUGGAUCAGAGAUUACAGAAAACGCGUGAAAAAUCCCAAACCCAUUGCUGCUGUCAUUGGAGGUUUUCAGGCACCAUAUGGCAAAGUCAUGGGCCAUGCUGGGGCCUGGGUUGGUCUUGGAGAAGGCACCGCAGAGGCAAAAUACAAGGCACUUGAGAGUGCUGGGGUGACUAUGGUUGAUCAUCCUGCCAAAUUUGGCGGGGUGAUGAAGAGCAUUCUUGCAAAUUCUGAUGGUAAUGCUGGGAAGAUUGUAGGCUCACACUUGUCAAGGUACCCUCUAUUAUGUUCUGACUUGUUACAGGAACAAUCAGUAGCUCAGCAACGCCGUUCAUAUCACACAUCUCUAAACCGAAGGCCAGCCAUAAGCUCCUCUAAAACGGGUUCCUUGUCCACACAAAAGCGCUCCCUUCACCUUUCCAAAGAGCAGUCCACGGCCCUCCUUGAAGCCUUCAAAAUCAACCUCACUAUACCUCCAGAAGGCUCACCAUCAACCCACUACCUAGGCAUUUCUCCCGACCGUUCCAGCCGCUCUCCCUCUAUCAUUGCUGCUCCGACAGCCAACCCCUCCAAACUCAGCCACCGCAUUCGCCGUUUCCCUUUCGACUACCGCACAGGACCCAGUCCAUCUGCCAUUGCCGCCGCAACAGCCCACAUGCAACUCUCAGCCCUACCACCAAAAUCCAAAUCGCAACUCGUCCAAGCCAUCCACAACCUAUGGAACCUCUACACCUCCAAGGAAGCCAUAGACGCCCACGUCAAACUCGCCCUAUCCGUCGAAUCCGACGACCUCCUCUUCUACGACCCCUACCUCUUCUUCGACGACGCAGCCUUCAAAUCCGGCAACCGCCAGUCUGACCUCCACGCCCUACGCGACCAGACGGCAAUAAGCACUACAGACCGCGAAGCAGAAGAAGCAGGAAUCGUCUACAUUCCCCUUGAAUCACCUAGCAGUAGUGGUAGUUCCGACCCAAGUCCCAAAAACCUCGUCGGCACCCUAGUCAACGGCGCAGGCCUCGCACUCAACACACUCGAUACUCUUGCCUUGCGCCUCGCACCCAUGACGUCCGCUGCCAAUUUCCUCGAUACGGGCGGCAAAGCCACGUCUGCGACUAUCAAGACGAGUUUCAAGCUUCUCCUCGCCGAUCCGCGCGUCAGCGUCAUUUUCGUCAAUAUCUUUGGCGGACUGACGCUCUGCGAUAUGAUUGCUGAGGGUAUCAUCAUGGCGUUUCGGGAUGUGGGCGUGGAGAAGCCGGUUGUGGUGCGGUUGAGGGGCACGAAUGAGGAGAAAGGGCAAAAGGUGCUGGAGGAGGCCAAAUUGCCCAUCUUUGCUUUUGAUGAUUUUGAGCAGGCGGUGGGCAAGGUGGGUGAGUUGGUUGCUAAGGCUGUGAAUGCGUAA